GUAUCCGCCGAACGUGGUGUAAAUGUAACAAUGUUGUGUUUCGUUAACGCCAUUGGGGCCAGUGUUCCACCGGUUUUCAUAUACCCCAGGAAAAAACCAAAUGCCGACCUCAUCAAAGGAGGCCCACCUGGGUGUGUUGGACUUGUUCACGAAUCCGGCUGGAUGACUGGUGACAACUUCUAUGCUUCCAUGAAGCAUUUUCAUGACUUUGUGAAAUCGUCGAUAGAAAAUCCUGUGCUGCUAAUUUUUGACAAUCAUUCUAGCCACAUCGACUAUCAUGUACUGCAAUUUGCAAAACAGAACGGAAUUUUUUUGCUUACUUUUCCGCCACACUGUUCGCAUGCGCUCCAACCUCUAGACGUGGCCGUUUUUGGUCCAUUUAAGUCUGGACUGAAAAACUCUCAUAACGAGUGGCUCCAGUCUCACCCAGGACAACGCAUUAGCAUAAAAGAAGUUGCUUCCCUAUGCAGAAUUCCUUACAUGCAAAAAAUAAAUGCUGAAAACAUUGUUCUGGAUUUGAAAAGACAGGGAUCUUUCCGUUCGACAAAGAAAUUAUUCCAGAAUCCCGAUACGCUCCUGCAAGUGUCACUGACCGUCCACAAUAUCAAGAACAAGAGACAUCAGAUAUCUUUCUUGAUAUUCAAGAUCAGGAAAUAUUCAGCGUCAAAAACAGAUUGGACAGGCAACGGUCACGUGACGUUUUCUGGCCCUCUGAUUGGGUUGCGAUGCAUGUCAAAACUGUUUUUGACGUCAAGGGAGACCAUGUUAUGCCAAAUUUAUCCAUACGCUUCAAUCUCUAAAGAAUCUCCACAAUUUUUUUUUGAAUUUUUUUCUUUGAUGGGAAAUGUUGUCUUAAUCUACUUUCUAUGUAAAAAAUCCUGUUACGUUUAUGCAAGAACAAAUACCUUAGUUUUGUUUGUGUUGGUCAAUGUCAUUGGUUUUUAUUUGUUUUUAUUCUGUUUCGUUCUUCGAAAAUGCUGUCUCAGUUAAUUCUAUCGUUCCAAAGAUAAUCCAGUUUGGUUUUUUAGUCAAUUUCACUGAUUUUGAUACAAAUAUGAAG